CUCCGGAAGAUAACAGGGAUCCUUAUUAUUCUUCACCGUGACAGAUGCGACGUUAGAGUGACCCGAGGAGCAUUUCGACAAUAUUUCGCGAGAUGGUAAAAAGGAACGGACUCUGGAAGCUGACGCAGCUUCGGGCGUUGAUGAGGAACGUGCAAGCCGGUGGCAUUCGAGAGAAGGGUAUCCAGGCGCUGAUCGUCAACGGGGAGGAUGCGCAUCAGUCGGAGUAUUCGACGGAGCGUGAUCAGAGGCGGCGUUUCGUCAGCGGAUUCCGCGGCUCGUACGGCACGGUGGUCGUGAUGCCCGACACGGCGUUGCUGUGGACAGACGGUAGAUAUUACCAGCAAGCCAUGUCGGAGUUGGAUCCGCCAGAGGCGUGGACUCUGAUGAGGGAAGGCUUACUCGACACACCCACCAUCGCCGUAUGGCUGGCCUCGAACUUACCACCGAAAUCGGUGGUCGGGGCUGAUGCCAAUCUGAUAAGUUACACGGAAUGGGCGCGAUUGCACACCAGUUUAACCGCCGCCGGUCACUGCUUGAUCCCACUACCCGAGAACCUGGUGGACAAGGUGUGGGCCGACGAGCAGCCGGCGCCGACGGCCAACGCAGUCUUGCCGCAGUCGUUACGUUAUUCGGGCCAGAGUGCGGAAGACAAAGUAAGAUUGUGUCGCGACGCUAUGCGAGAGAAUGACGCGACGGUACUCGUGGUAACUGCACUGGACGCGAUUGCGUAUCUGCUGAAUUGGAGGGGCUCCGAUAUACCCUUCAAUCCUGUCUUCUUCGCGUACGUCAUUCUCACCCUGAAGGACGUGCAUCUCUUCAUAGACAGAAGUAGGCUCAGCAAGGAGGCGUUGGAGCAACUGGUGAACGAGGGUGUCUAUCCGAUCAUCCACACCUACGAGGAUAUACAUUCUUUUAUGAAGGAGCUCGUGAGCUCCUGUUUGGAUCAAGAUAAAAUUUGGAUCAGCAAUAAGUCCAGCUAUGCGCUACACGCGGAUUGCGGGGAUAUCAAGAAACACACGGACAUCACGCCUAUCAGCGUUAUGAAAUCGAUAAAGAAUCCCAUCGAGAUAGAGGGUAUGAGAGCGUCGCAUGUGAGAGAUUCGGCCGCUCUCGUCAAGUAUUUUGCCUGGCUGGAAGACAAAAUCAAGAAUACGAACGAACGUAUUACGGAAAUCUCGGGUGCGACGCGGCUGGAGAAGUUUAGACAGGAGCAAGCUCACUUUGUCGGAUUAAGUUUCACCACCAUAUCGUCCGUCGGUCCUCACGGAGCAGUUAUUCACUACUCACCUACUGCAGAGACCGAUGUGCCUAUUACGGAUAAAGAGCUUUAUCUCUGUGAUUCUGGCGCGCAGUAUCACGAUGGUACGACGGAUGUAACGAGAACGUUACACUUUGGCGAGCCCACGAGUUUCGAACGUGAAUGUUUCACCAGAGUUUUUAAGGGACAAUGCCGACUAUCGACAAUGGUAUUCCCCUUGAAAACGAAAGGAAAUUACCUCGACACGCUGGCGCGCGAAAGUUUAUGGAGCGUUGGUCUUGAUUACCUUCACGGUACUGGUCACGGAGUAGGAUCCUAUCUCAAUGUCCACGAAGAGCCGAUUGGUAUCUCAUGGAAGCCGCAUCCAGAUGAUCCAGGUUUACAACCGGGGAUGUUCUUAUCAAACGAGCCAGGAUAUUACGAAGACGGGAAGUUUGGUAUUAGAUUGGAGAACAUCGAGUUAGUCGUUCCUGCGAAGACACCGUAUAAUCACAAAAACCGAGGUUUCCUGACAUUCGAAACCGUGACGCUUGUGCCUAUUCAAACGAGUCUGCUCGAUGUGUCGAUGCUUACAGACAAGGAGAUCGAAUAUUUGAAUAAUUAUCAUAAAAAAUGUUUGGAGGUUUUAAGACCUUUGCUACAAGGACCGGGGAACCUUCAGGCGCUUAAGUGGCUCGAGAAACAAACCCUUCCCAUUUCCCGUUGAAGAUUUUAUAACUUCAAUUUAACACGAUGGAGCUGUAAAAAAAAUCACUUGAGAGUAUGUAACAUAACAAAAUUGCCUGAUUUUGAAUUUAAUAUUACAGCGAGAUAGCAAGCAUUCGACUGGUAUAUGAAACUUGUAUAAUUUUGUGUACAUUGCUGACCAUGUACACGCAAUCACUUAAAUCGACGUGAAUGAAUAAACAACGAACGAACGGUAAAAAUGAAAAUAAUCUUAUUUAAACAUCUUUGGUACAAUGUUCUACAGUCGAAUCGAAAGUGAAUCAAAUCCUAACAAUCAUUUCGCGCAUUUGCAUUUACUAUAACACGAAUAUCUGAACAGAAAAAAUAUUAUAUUUGCGUACACACUUUCUGUUUCGUUUUUUAUUCAUUUAACGUAUAUCUAUCUCGAGAGACAGAAAGAGAGAAAGAGACGCUCUAUCACACGUUGAUCACAUGAUGUUCAAUGUAUCAAAUGAAUCAGGUGUUAUACAGUUUUAUUAUUCAUAUCUUUAUGAUAUAAGAUGUUAUUUUAAUAACAGCAUAUACAAAUCCAAAAUGGUAUUAUAAGACACCAAUGAUUGCGUCACAAUUUUAUCACGAUAUAUACAUUAAAAACUAUGAAAUAUA